UUCAGAUUGCGGAUCUUGGCUAGAUGUUUCGCAGGAGGAUAGCUAGCACGGAGAGGAGGGGACAGUAACUUCAGCACCCACCCGGGGGUAAACAGCGACAAGGCCACCCAAGUGCGGCACACUAAUCGUUUUAGUCAGAACUAGGUGCUUCUCAGUUUUAACAGUUGUCGUGGUUUGUAGAUAUUUUGCCCUAUGAUUGUCACGUUAGUAAGGAGGAGGUGAAUUCUCGCCGCCGCCAUCUUUGGAAACUGAUUGGGAGGAAGUGGAGAACUUCGUUGGCUGACUGGUUUAUUAACCCAGCUAUUGGUAGUUAUUUUCAGGGCCUCGAACUGGCCUUACUGUACACACACAUUACACUUGUUUUUCUGGGUUGACCAAACACAACGAGUCGGCAUCGUACAAACCUGGAAAAAGGCUAGCUAACAAAACUCCCAAUCUGUGCUCCACCUCCAGACAGUUUGUUCCUUGCCUCGCUGGACAUUUGCUUCCUGUUAUUCUACCUGGACCUGUGGCCUCUGACAGGUGCCCAUGCUCCGGCCCCUCUGGCUCCUCCCCACUGGCAGAUGAGUUGUCAGCUGCUCUGGCGUAGACCCAGCUGCGCUCCAACGGCCAGAUAGUCUGCUGGCCCUUCCUCCUUCCCCCGCCCUUCCGGGAGACAGCAAACUACAUUACCCAGCAUGCCCUCCACUGUGCGGGCGGGCAGUCUGAAGGACCCGGAUGUAGCCGAGCUGUUCUUCAAGGAAGACCCUGAGAAACUGUUCUCUGACCUCAGAGAGAUAGGUCAUGGCAGCUUUGGAGCAGUCUACUUUGCGCGGGAUGUGCGAACUACCGAGGUGGUGGCCAUCAAGAAGAUGUCCUACAACGGCAAACAGUCCAACGAGAAAUGGCAGGACAUCAUAAAAGAGGUGAAGUUUCUCCAGAAGAUUCAACAUCCCAACAGCAUAGAGUAUAAGGGCUGCUACCUACGAGAACACACAGCAUGGCUGGUGAUGGAGUACUGUCUGGGCUCCGCUUCUGAUGUUCUAGAAGUUCAUAAAAAUCCCCUUCAGGAAAUGGAGAUCGCUGCCAUUACCCAUGGAGCUUUGCAGGGGUUGGCCUACCUUCACUCACACAACAUGAUUCACAGAGACAUCAAGGCUGGUAACAUCCUCCUGACGGAGCCAGGACAGGUCAAGCUAGCUGACUUUGGCUCCGCCUCCAUUGCCUCGCCAGCCAACUCUUUUGUGGGGACUCCAUAUUGGAUGGCCCCAGAAGUGAUCUUGGCCAUGGACGAGGGCCAGUAUGACGGGAAGGUGGACGUCUGGUCCCUGGGGAUCACCUGUGUAGAACUAGCGGAGAGAAAGCCUCCUCUGUUCAAUAUGAACGCUAUGAGUGCCUUAUACCACAUAGCGCAGAAUGAGAGCCCUACGCUGCAGUCCAGCGACUGGACGGAUUACUUUAGAAACUUUGUUGAUUCCUGCCUUCAGAAAAUCCCCCAGGAUAGACCCAAGUCUGACCAUCUACUAAACCAUGCGUUUGUCCAGCGGGAGCGUCCAGACUCUGUUCUUAUGGAUCUGAUCCUGAGGACCAAAGAGGCGGUCAGGGAGCUGGACAACCUGCAGUACCGUAAGAUGAAGAAGAUCCUGUUCCAGGAGGCUCACAACGGACCACAGGCUGAGACACAGGAUGGAGACGAGGAGGUGGAGCACGGUGCAGGUCGUACAGACACAGUGAACAGUGUGGGCAGUAACCAGUCCAUCCCCAGUAUGUCUAUCAGCUCUCAGAGCAGCUCAGUCAACAGUCUGAAUGAAGCAGCACAGGACGACCGCAGUGAACUGGACCUGAUGGAGGGAGACCACACGGUCAUGUCCAACAGCUCUGUCAUACACCUCAAACUGGAGGAAGAGGAGGGUAACCAUGGUGACCCAGAGGUGCAGAGCCAUCCCACAGAGCCCCCGGCCGCUCAACCCCCAAGGAAACACUACAGAGAACGCAACAGAGAACACUUCGCUACCAUACGCACUGCCUCACUGGUGACUCGUGAGAUGCAGGAGCACGAGCAGGACAGUGAGCUGAGGGAGCAGAUGUCUGGCUAUAAGAGGAUGAGGCGGCAGCACCAGAAGCAUCUGAUGGGUCUGGAGAACAAGCUGAAGGCUGAGAUGGACGAACACCGGCUCCGUCUGGACAAAGAGCUGGAGAGCCAGAGGAACAGCUUCGCCCAGGAGAUAGAGAAACUGGUCAAGAGACACCAGGCUUCUAUGGAGAAAGAUGCAAAGACAUUUAACAACGAUGAGAAGAAGUUCCAGCAGCACAUUCAGGUCCAACAGAAGAAGGAACUCAGCAGCUUCCUGGAGUCUCAGAAACGAGAGUACAAACUACGCAAGGAGCAGCUUAAAGAGGAGUUGAGUGAGAACCAGUCAACCCCUAAGAAGGAGAAGCAGGAGUGGCUGUCCAAGCAGAAGGAGAACAUCCAGCACUUCCAGGCUGAGGAGGAAGCCAACUUGUUGAGGAGACAGCGGCAGUACCUGGAGCUGGAGUGUCGACGCUUUAAACGGAGGAUACUCAUUGCCAGGCACAACGUGGAGCAGGACCUGGCACGAGAGGAGUUGAAUAAGCGUCAGACCCAGAAGGACUUGGAACAUGCCAUGCUGCUCAGACAUCACGAGUCGAUGCAGGAGCUGGAGUUCAGACAUCUGGGAACCAUCCAGAAGAUGAGGGCGGAGCUUAUCAGGACACAGCACCAGACAGAACUGACCAAUCAGCUGGAGUACAACAAGAGGAGGGAGAGAGAGCUGAGACGCAAACACGUCAUGGAGGUCCGACAGCAGCCCAAGAGUUUAAAGUCUAAGGAGCUGCAGAUUAAGAAGCAGUUCCAGGACACGUGUAAGAUCCAGACACGUCAGUACAAGGCCCUGAGGAACCACCUGUUGGAGAGCACUCCCAAGGCUGACCACAAGGCGGUGCUCAAGAGGCUGAAGGAGGAGCAGACCAGGAAACUGGCCAUCCUGGCCGAGCAGUAUGACCACUCUAUCAACAACAUGCUGUCCACACAGGCUCUGCGAUUGGACGAGGCCCAGGAAGGGGAGUGUCAGGUGCUGAGGAUGCAGCUGCAGCAGGAGUUGGAGCUGCUGAACGCCUACCAGAGUAAGAUCAAGAUGCAGACAGAAGCCCAGCACGACAGAGAGAGGAAGGAUCUGGAGCAGAGGGUGUCGCUCCGCAGGGCUCUUCUGGAACACAAGAUUGAGGAGGAGAUGCUGUCUCUGCAGAACGAGCGUGUGGAGCGUAUCAGGUCCCUGUUGGAGCGCCAGGCCAGAGAGAUAGAGGCCUUUGACUCAGAGUCCAUGAGACUAGGCUUCAGCAACAUGGUCCUGUCAAACCUGCAGGGCUCUGGCUCAGACACACAGGGCAGCCCAGGGGGGUGGGGAGGAGGGGGGUCCGGACUGUCUCAUCAUGGUCACAGCCACCACCAGGGGGGGACCAGCUCCCAGCAGCCGUGGGGUCACCCUGUGCUCGCUGGGGGUUCCCCUCCCUGGAGCCUGCAUCAGCCCUCUGGGGGAGGGAGUCAGAGGGGGAGUGUGGGAGGGGUGGUGGGUGGGGCCAGGAACAGCCCCCAGGCUAUGAGGAGGGCGUCGACAUCAGGAGGGGGGCGGAGCGAACAGGCGAUGAGCAUGAGCGCCAGCAUCACCUCUCAGAUCUCCAACGGAUCACACCUGUCAUACACCUAGACACACACACACACACAUCUACACACACACACACACACACA